AGGCAAAGACGCUUUGUUUUAAAAAUAGAUUUGAAAAACUCGAAAAAACUAAAAUAAUCGAGAAAACAUUACACAUAAAUAUAUAAACUGCACUUAAAAAGUUUUAAUACUUUACACUUAUGAAGCGUUAUGGCCACCACUACCGCAUAUGAACUGGAUGCUGAUGGUGGCAAGUACAUUCCCGCUACACAGCGCCCUGAUGGGACCUGGCGGAAGCCCAGGCGCAUACGAGACGGCUACGUGCCGCAGGAAGAGGUGCCGCUGUACGAGAGCAAGGGCAAACAGUUCAAGUCCCGCCAAAACACAGGAAUACCAGUAGGACUCACUCCGGAAAUCGUGGCACAGGCCAAAAGUAAAAAGAGCACUACACAACCCAUACCAGGCAUGAUUAUUAAUGUUGAGAAAAGGAAAAAGAAGAAGAAGCCAGCUGUCGAGGAAGCCACUGCAAAAGUUGCCGAAAUGAAGAUAACUGAACCAACCUUUAGCACUCCUUCCACUAAUGAGCCACCAACACAAACUGAUCCAGCAAAACGACUCAAAAACCUAAAGAAGAAACUCAGAGACAUAGAAGCACUGGAGGAAAAAGUAAAAUCAGGCACUCUUAAAAAUCCGGACAAAGAUCAAAAGGAGAAAAUGUCUAAAAAAGUAGAAAUUCUUAAAGAAAUUGAGUCAUUAGAAAGUAAUACAUAAUAUACACCAAACAAUUAUUUUAAGACAUUUUUAAAAUAAUUUUUUAAUUAAGGAAUAUGAAAAGCAAUG